AUCCAGCAAUUGAUGCUGUUAAGGCCACAGCAAGCAAAGGCUAUCGUAGUCACUCACUUCACCCAACACGGCGAAAAGUAGCAUAAAAUCGCAGGUGUGCAGUAACUUCGUUUUUUUCUUUCUUAUUCAAAUCAUUCUGCAGAGAGGUAGCUCCGUCGUUGGCUGAAUGCUACAUUGGACGUUGGUUUUCCAGGGCAGACUGGGCUAAAGUGACAGCCCGAGGGCCUCGUCGUCGUGUCCCGAGCAGCUCUCGAACGAACUUGUCAGCUCGGUGCCAAACUUCAGCUCGCGGCGGCUCUCCGCGGGGCUCGGGGCGCAAGGCUCCGGCCCUGUGGAUGAGUGGUUGACUUCCGUUCCUUCCAGGAGGAAAGAAUCCCUUUGAUGGGAGAAUCCUCUUUCCUGGCCUCUUGGGUCAAACGUUGUGCCAAUAUGAUGGAUGAGCAGGAGGCGUUGCAGUCAAUCAUGCAGGACCUGGCAGAACUGCAUCGCUCCAGCCGUCCUGCCGGAUUCCUGUCAGACCUGGGCAAACCCAAAGCCUCCUCGCCCAAGAACCUGAACGACGUCAGAGUGAAGUUCGAGUUUAAAGGAGAGAAGAGGAUUUUGCAAUUCUCUCGCCCCAUCAAGUUGGACGACUUGAGGGAAAAAGCAAAGGUGGCUUUCGGUCAGACCAUGGACCUUCACUACAGCAACAACGAGCUGGUGAUUCCACUUAGCGUUCAGGACGACCUGGACAAGGCCGUGGAGCUGCUAGAUCGAAGCGUUCACAUGAAGAGUCUCAAGAUCCUCUUGGUGCUGCAGAUCUCCUCGCAGAACUCCUCUUGCAAUAUGGGCCUUCUGCCUUCCUGCGAGGAGUUGGACAACACAGGACUGAGUGUCACAGACAAGAAGAGCAUGCUGGCAUCGUCAGGGUCUCAUUCGACGGACCGUAGCUCUCCUCCACCCGGAUACAUUCCUGACGCACUCCAGCAAGUGGCCAGGAAUGGCUCCUUCACGAGCAUUAACAGUGAAGGAGAGUUCAUUCCAGAGAGCAUGGACCAGAUGCUCGACCCCCUGAGCAUGAGCAGUCCCGAGAACUCUGCAUCUGGAAGUUGUCCUUCUUUAGACAGCCCGUUGGACAGUGAAUAUCCAAAGUCAAGGAUGCCAAGAGCACAGACUCAAUGUUUGUGUUUGGAACAGAACGACGUCAGAGUGAAGUUCGAGUUUAAAGGAGAGAAGAGGAUUUUGCAAUUCUCUCGCCCCAUCAAGUUGGACGACUUGAGGGAAAAAGCAAAGGUGGCUUUCGGUCAGACCAUGGACCUUCACUACAGCAACAACGAGCUGGUGAUUCCACUUAGCGUUCAGGACGACCUGGACAAGGCCGUGGAGCUGCUAGAUCGAAGCGUUCACAUGAAGAGUCUCAAGAUCCUCUUGGUGCUGCAGAUCUCCUCGCAGAACUCCUCUUGCAAUAUGGGCCUUCUGCCUUCCUGCGAGGAGUUGGACAACACAGGACUGAGUGUCACAGACAAGAAGAGCAUGCUGGCAUCGUCAGGGUCUCAUUCGACGGACCGUAGCUCUCCUCCACCCGGAUACAUUCCUGACGCACUCCAGCAAGUGGCCAGGAAUGGCUCCUUCACGAGCAUUAACAGUGAAGGAGAGUUCAUUCCAGAGAGCAUGGACCAGAUGCUCGACCCCCUGAGCAUGAGCAGUCCCGAGAACUCUGCAUCUGGAAGUUGUCCUUCUUUAGACAGCCCGUUGGACAGUGAAUAUCCAAAGUCAAGGAUGCCAAGAGCACAGAGUUACCCUGACAACCAUCAGGACUUUCCAGAGUACGACAUCCCAGUCUUUGACAAGUCAGGAAAAGGUGGCACAUACCCUCGGCGCUACGGCGUUCCCUUUGGCCUGCAAGAUUACAGCGAUGGGAGGAAGACCUUCCCUCGGGCUCGGCGAACACAGGCACACGGUUUGCGCUCACCUGUUAGCUUCAGUCCCACCGAGCAAUCUCCCAGCACCAGCAGCGGCAGCAGCGUAUUCACUCCCGACCUGGAAGAUGGCGCUGGGCCUGCCAGGCGGCCGCGAAGGGGAAGUGACAUUGAGGCCAACCAGUCGAGCACGCCAAGCCUGUCAGUCAUGGACAUCAGCCCACCCAGCCGCUCUCCACGUGCGCCCACCAACUGGCGACUGGGGAAGCUCCUUGGGCAAGGCGCCUUUGGACGGGUUUUCCUUUGCUACGACGCGGACACCGGACGGGAACUGGCUGUCAAACAGGUCCAGUUUGAUCCAGAGAGUCCAGAGACGAGCAAGGAGGUGAGUGCGUUGGAAUGCGAAAUCCAGCUGUUGAAAAACCUCUGCCACGAACGUAUAGUCCAGUACUACGGUUGUCUGCGCGACUCCAUGGAGCGAACUCUCUCUAUCUUUAUGGAGUACAUGCCUGGAGGUUCCAUAAAGGACCAAGUAAAGUCCUACGGUGCAUUGACGGAAAACGUGACGCGCCGCUACACCAGGCAGAUCCUUGAGGGCGUUUCCUACUUGCACAGCAACAUGAUUGUUCACAGGGAUAUUAAAGGUGCCAACAUCCUCCGAGAUUCGGUCGGAAACGUAAAGCUGGGUGACUUUGGGGCCAGUCGGAGGCUGCAGACCAUUUGUCUAUCAGGAACGGGAAUCAAGUCCGUGACCGGCACACCCUACUGGAUGAGUCCAGAAGUCAUCAGUGGUGAGGGCUACGGCAGGAAGGCUGACAUCUGGAGUGUUGGUUGCACUGUUGUUGAGAUGCUGACCCAGCGACCUCCCUGGGCAGAGUUUGAGGCCAUGGCGGCCAUCUUUAAGAUUGCCACUCAGCCCACCAAUCCCGUCUUACCUGCCCACGUGUCGGACCACUGCAGAGAGUUCCUCAAACGUAUCUUUGUCGAGACCAAGCAGCGUCCGUGCGCAGACGAAUUGCUGAGGCACAUCUUCGUACAUUAACGUUCUGUCCUCCUGCUAAUUGGACUGCGCUGGGCUUCCUUGCUGUAACCAUAUUGGACCAGGAAGAAGGUUGGGUGCUUCCGGACCUUUGUAUAAAACUGCAGAAGACUCAAGUUUUCUGUUUUUGCACCUUAAUUUCUCAAGUGGGGAUAAGUCAAGUCCUCCUUUGUGAAGAUAUGAACUCCUGGGAAACAUCUCCGUUAUUUUAUUUUAUUGUAUUUUUUGGGGGUAACGUUUUCUCUUCCAACUUAUCCUCUUGUGCUGCGGGAUGGUGUCUACGUUGCAAACCCGACCCCAGAAUGUAGUCUCCUGCCUUUGAUGACCAGGCCUUGCUGCUGCUAAAAAAACAAAAACACACACAACAAAAACAUGCGGACAACUCAGCCGCCUUCAUCUCGCCCUCUUUGUCACUCGGCAUCUCACUUUGUGCCUUUUUCGUUUCUCAACAUUGCCUGUAUGAGUUUGUGAGUUGUCCUUCUCAUGUUUGCUCCUGGAUGAAAUCACAUCCUGCAGCUGAGCUUUUCUGCUGGCUUAUUGCUCUUUGCCACAUCUCAUUGCUGCAAACGCAUCCACAUCAGGCGCUGUACUUUGAGGGGAAAAAAAACCCAAAUUAAGACCUUGAAUGAAACACUCGAUUCGUCUGCAAUUUUGAAACAUGCCCUGUUCCCAGUGAGGCAGCAGUGAGCCAUGCAAGCUCCGUGACCAGCAUUCACACUCCUGAUUGUGCCUCUUGACCUGGUUGAAGAUGCCUUUUUAUGUUUCUUGCCAGCAAACGGGCAGCACUGCAGAGCCAUGUCUGCUUCAAAAGCUCUUCCAAUUCACCAUAGAUGUUCAUUGAUCUUAUCAGACGUGUCAUCUGUGCCCUGCUCUUAAUUUAAUUGCGAUUUGAAGCUUGAUGCUGCUGCAAUUGUGGCGCCAGUGGUGGUCCUAGCUUGAAGAGCGCCCUGUGCCAGGUCCUAUUUUGGUUCUCACACAUGGCAGAAACCACCUGUGACGGUCACCUCGGUGACUCUUCUUGGAGGCCAAGAUUGCCCUUAACCAAUCAGAUUUCAGCUUUUCAACAGCGGCCACUAGGUGUUACUAAAAGACAUUUCCCGCUAUUCCUCUGAAAGCGCUUAACAUGCACGCUAUGCUACAUGCUCUGUUACCUGGCACCAUAAAACACACACACACACACACACACACACACACACACACACACACACACACACAUAUACAUCCAAUUCCCCAUCAUUGUUGUUUUGCAUGUUUGUUUUGUUUCUUACACAAGUGUGCUGCAUUUGCAAUGAUUAAGUGUCAGAAGGCCUCGUUCACCAGGGUUGAUUAACGUUUCACUUCCAGUAUUUGGUCCACAAGGUUGUGAGUGCCUGUGUUUUAACUACUGUCUUUGCUCAGUUGGGGCCUGCCAACUUGCCUGUAGCCAGCGUUCUCAGCAUGAGGGGAGGACAUUGACGAUGGAAAUCUUGUACAAAUGUAAAAAGUGAAAUGUACCUUUUUUUGUUUGUUUUUCCAAAGUCUGUUUGUGUAUGUCUUGUAAAAGAAGCCAUGUUUAUAAUUCUAAUUGGUUUGUGACCAAUACGCCUGUUUAUAUCAGAUCUGUAUAUCGGUGGUAUGUAUAAUUUUUUAAUAUAUAUAUUUUUAUUUCACAUGGGAGUUUUAUGCAUGGUUGGUCCAGACCGAUGCAGCAGUGCCGUUAAAUGUUUUUGGCCAAAUUCUGCAGUAAUGCGACAGCUCGGUGUUCAUCCGUAUGACGGUGAAGAAUAAUAAAAGUUAUUUAUUUCA